UCCAUGGCUACGUCGUCCGCGAGGAUUUCCCGCGAAAGAUCGGAAGCGUGAUCACGGCCGAGGCUCGGUGAUCCAUCGGGGGUGUGUGUAAGCAGAGCAGGCAGACAGGCGACAGCAGCAACAUCGUCAGCGACAACAGCGACGACAUCAGCGGCGACGAGAGUGCCGUGGAAAGCGGCAUCCGGGUAGCUUUCCGUCGUUCGUCGCGUCUUAUCCCGGUGGGUUUCGCGACAGAGUUGCUUGCUCUUUCUCUACCCUCGUUCUCUUUCUCCACCCCUCUCCUUUUCUCUCUCGCUCUCUUUCUCUAGAAACUGGGUGGAUACCGUGCUUCAUUCCCCUCCGAAUUGCCACCCCUUCCCUUAAGCUACCGCGGAGGACACGUAACCCCAGCCCUACCACCCCCAAGCCCCGCUGUAGCCGUCACCGCCGCCGCCCACGGCCUCCUCCCUGGCUCUCGCGCGGCGCUUCAGCAUCCCUCCGACUCUCCGUCUGUCCUUCCUCGCCGUGGUGGUAUUGUCGCGAGGACUCUCACUCGCGGCACCAGGCCAGGUGCACGGCCGAGUGCCCGCUCUCUCUCGUCGGAGAGUGCUGCCGAGGCGCCGGCCUAUCUUCACGGGGUAGCAGAAAGCCAAGGAGGAAACGUCGUCGUGUCGGUGAGUGUGAGUCAUCGUCCCUCGUUCUCGCGGCGAAGUGCACAUGUACGUACACCAUCCACGGGGAUGGUUGUGGAGGAUAAAGGUAUAGCGGAUAGAAAGAGGGAGAGAGAGAGGGAGAGAGCGAGAGAAAGAGGGCGAAAGGGGAAAGUAGAUAAAGUUGAAUAAAUAAACAAUUAGACACGCAGAGAAAGGAGGAAAGUAAUUAAACGGGAACAUACCAACCACUGACAGACGGAGGACACAGGAGAGACGUUCUCUCCUCAUCGACGUGGUGGGUGACGCGGGGCGUUGAUCGUAUACAUACCGGCGCUGACUGGUAGUGGUGUGGCAGUGGUAGUGGUGGUGGUGGUGGUGGUGCUAGUGCUGCUAGUGAUGGUGGUGGUGGUAGUGGUGCAUCCCGCAGUGUGUUUACCCAGGGUGAGGUGCCUCGCGCGCGCGACUAGGCGGAGUCGCGCCUCUCCGUCCGCUCCCGCUUCCGCUUUCGCGUCUCCCCGUGACCGCUUCGCGACGGAAGAGCGGCGACGAGGAGCGACGUGUACCUAACCGUGACCCGUUCUGCGUAUAACACUCCACCUGUCUACCUGUCUAUCUUUCUGCCUACCAGCUUGUCUACCUACCUAUUUAUCUAUCUGCUUAUCCAUCCACCUACCUGCUUACCUCGCACCUAACGUUGACGUGUCAGAAGAGGCGUUGCCGCGGCGGCCGAGCGGUCUCCACCCCCGAGAAGAAGCCGGAUAUACCUAACCGACCAUCACCUUCUCGAACUUCUGCGCAUUCCGCUUGCCGAGUUCGUCCUGGAAGGACCUUUGCCUAAGGACACGUCCCAGGUAUCAGCAGCGCAAGUCGAUAAUGAUCACGCGGCGACACGAAGGCGUUGGCUCGUCUCGCGCCUCUCCGUUCGCGUCCUAGAAGCGCACGAAUCUACUGUGACCUUUCGGUUAGCUGGCUCCACGAUUGAAGUUCGAUUCGCUGAUGGAGAUUCGCUCUGUUCUGCAAACGCCAGCACGGAAGCUCUGAGGACGCCAGUGAAUAUCCAAGACGGCUGAUCUCUCUAUCUCCCUCUCUCUUUUCCUCUCUCUCUCUCUCUCUCUCUCUCUCUCUCUCUCUCUCUUUCUCUCUCGUUCCUUCCUGCGGUGUUUCGGCGCAUCGCGCUCACGAGAGUCGCGCGAGAAGACCCCCCUGCUUCUCGCAAACGCUAGUAUCCAAGGAUGAAGUCGUGAGUCGAUAAAACUCACCAAGCGACGUGGAAGGCGUUGCCUCUUCUCUCUCUCUUUCUCUCUUUCGGCUUCUCGGUUCUCAGUUCCCGUUGUGCAUCCUAGAGAUGGUGUGCAUGUAUUUUUCAUAAUCCUUUUGUGAUCUGGUGCGGAAUUUCGUCCGGUUUGACGAACGGGAACGUCUAUUCUGAGGACGCACCGAUUUCCUGAAAGGGAAGAAUAUAUAGUGAAUACGCCUAGUCUCGUCGCGCUUUCCUUCCACGUUCGAUGGCCAUUGGUAAAAGGGGAAACCAUCUCGAAAGAAUUUCAUAUUACAUUGCGAGAUUGUCGCGUGGGAUCCUAGCGAUCAUGCCAUGGGCGAGCUGAUGACUUUCGACGCCUGCAAUGAUGUGACAAUAAAGAUACCUCGUUCUACUGUCUAAUAACUCGGGGAUCGUCCCAAUCGCACAGUGCUUCCUAAGAAAAAGAACACACUUACACACGCACACGCGCACACACAUAUACACACACACACACACACAUACACGCACAUACACACACGCGAUCCGAAGAUCACGCGCAAAAAAGCAACGCCAAACCGCCGGCCGUGGUCGGCGUUGUGGAGAUCGGUGCCAAAAGUCAACACGGACAAGCCGCAAGAGCCAAUUCCGCGAAACUGUGUCAAAGAAGAAUCGAAGAGGGUGGAACGGAGAAGAGAUAGAACGACACACAGAGGGAGAACGAGGGAGAGGGGUAGCGAGGGAGGAAAAGAGAAAGAGAAAGAUAUACAGCCGUAGCGAAGGGGAGAAGUGGGAUCAGGCGGAUAUCCCGGGGAACGAGUAGAGAACGGGCGAAUAUACGUGUGGCCAGGAGCGUGUUAGCUAAGGAGUGUCGAGCCGGAAACACGAAGCCGGGCAUCACGAGCAAAGGGGUGGUAGAAGUGGCAGUGGUGGUGGUGGUCUCGCGGUGGUGGUGACGCAGAGCGGCGAGUUCUAAACCGGAAUAAUAGCAGUUAGAAUGGGCAACAAGCUGUCCUGCAGUUGCGCACCCUUAAUCAGAAAGACGUAUCGCUACGAGGAUUCCCCAUGGCAGGCCGGUGCCAGGGGCGGGAUGGGCGGCGGCGGAGGGCGCAGGGGUGACACUGGCCACUUGCUCAGGUGCGGAAGCUUAAGAGAGAGGAAGAGGCUAUGGGCCGAAGUGUUCCAUGUAAACGCAAGCGGCACUGGGACCGUCAAGUGGCAGCAGGUGUCGGAGGAUCUGGUACCGGUGAACAUCACCUGCAUACAGGACUCACCGGAAUGCGUCUUCCAUAUUACCGCGUACAACAGCCAGGUCGAUAAGAUCCUAGACGUGCGGUUGGUCCAGCCAGGUACGCGUAUCGGCCAGGCGUCAGAGUGCUUUGUCUACUGGAAGGAUACUGUGACAAACGACACGUGGGGACUGAACUUCACGUCCCCCAUAGACGCCAAGCAAUUCAGAGAAUGCUGCUCACCAUCGUUCAAGAUUACAAGGAAAGCGUCCUCUUCUUACUCGUUGAAGCUCGAGCCACCGAACAAGCAGAAGAUCAAAACGCGCCGAAAGCCUCUGUCGACGCCAGCCUCGCCGAGCCGAUCCAGAGAACCACAAUGCACCUGCAUGACGCCAGAACAAUUCGCCAGACUACGUAGCCAAGAUUCCAGAUAUCGGAACUCAUGCGGUCCGGUUUAUACUAUUUCAGGGCCGUCUACGCUUCCACGGACUAUGGCGCGAUCUACAGAAAUAGAAAUGACUCCGGGACGGGACAAGAUCACGGCGGCUACAUCGAGCGCGUCUCUCUAUGACAACGUGAACAAUCCUACCGCUACACCAGGGAAAACACCAAAGGCCAUCGAUUCGGCCAAACAGAAGGAGAAGCAGAACGAGACGUGUCAGACAACCCCGAAGACUGCCAACGUCGGAAUCGGUACCGUCACGGUGGGUUCGCAGAUUGACAGCCCCGAUGAGAAGGGCUCCACGAUAUCGCCGAAGAAAUCUCAGAAACAGAGCCAAGACACAUCCACUCAGCAGAACGGCACCGAGAUGUUGAAGUCGGAGGGUACACAGGCGGGCGGCACUUUGCAGAGCAAAUCGUUGCGCAAGGAGCAGCUGCAUCACACCAAGUCGGCCGACUACACCGAGCUGGAGAUGCAGAAUGGUAACAUCUUCAACAUCGUCAACAAUAAUCACGGCGGGCACAAGUCGAAAAGUAAGAGCACCGACGACAUGCGUAUCGAGAACGCGCAUAACGGCGGCAUCAGCCUCGACUCGAACACUCUGAAACGGAUGCUGAAGCCGAUGCCGAGCAUCGACAGCCCGGUCACGUCGCCGGAGAUGACGAGGAAACGCCACAGCCACCACAGCUACCAUUACCACCCCAGCAAUAACAAUCAGAAGUACGUCAUGCAGGAGGUUGACAACGAGAACUAUGCGCACCCCUAUCGAGCGCCCUACAACAAUAAGUUCCAAGGCUCCAGGAGCGCCCACGACAUGAGUCGGCAAUACGCUGGCGGCAGAGGCAGGACGUACUUAGAUUCGGAACGUAAUCGGUGCACAGGUGACAUGUCGCCGCCCUCGGACAAUGUCAUCUUCGACAACCAGUGCUACGCCACCACGCCGAGCUCGUCCAACGGCAACUCCGACAUGGAGCAGUCGAACCAUUGCAACUCACGCCGCUGCAACGGCGGCCAGACAUAUCAGCAGAGCAUGCAGUCGGUGUCGACUCCAGGCAGCCCGACCAGCCGGUUGCUCCUCGAGUACGAGAUGCAUCUCAGGAACACCUUGGCCAAGGGUAUGGACGCGGAGAGCUACAGCCUACGCACGUUCGAGGCCCUGUUGACGCAAAGCAUGGAGAAUCUCGAAUACGCGGAGAACAUACCGUUGAACGUCCAGCGCACACCUCACGUAUCACGAAGACGUUCCAACUCCAACAAGUCGUCGACCCUGCCGCUGUCGUAUCGCUACUGCAACGAGAGGCAGAACAGCAAAGACCGGGACGGCUAUUACAGCGACCGCAACGAGAUGGUGCGAGAGAAGAGAGAGCGAGACUCCGAUCGAGAUCGCGGCUAUCUCAGCGAUUACAACUCUAGAUGCGCCAGCUGCAUCGGGGAGUCCGCGCGCGCACAAUGGUUUCGACAUUCCGACGGAUGGCAGUCCGGCAGCUCGACCCUUGGCUCCGGUGCCUCGAGCUCGAUAAAUCCGGGAUACUCGGGACACAAGAGAGACUCGCCCUGGGACUCUCUUCCGUCCUUGCGCCACGAGGGCAGCCUCAACGACAGCGGCUACAAGUCCAACCGGACUGACUCUCUCGAGCAAAGAGGCACUUUCGACAGACAGGACAGCGUCAGAUCCGACUACAUGUCCGACCGGGACGGCAGAUACGGAAUCGUUCAACAAGCCUCAUUGGAGAGCACCGACUCGAGGCUCUGCUACUUGACGUCUUCCGAGAUGUCGGAUGAUGAUAGGAUGUCACUCACCACUGCCGUCAGCGACGACGACGACGGCGAGAGUGUCAUAAAUUCGCCCUAUCGUGGAAAGCAGACCGGCACGGCCGCAGCUUCCUUCAACUGCACCGGUGCAGUUCGAAAGGCAGGAUUCCUCAGCGUGAAGAAGUGGUUGCUGCGCAAGAAGCAUCAGAUCGAGCUUGCCAGGAAGAGAGGCUGGAAGGGUUACUGGGUCUGUCUGAAGGGCACUACGCUCCUCUUCUACCCUUGCGACUCCCAGGAGAGUCGUGCCAUGGAAGCGGCACCGAAACACUUGAUCAUCGUCGACGGCGCGAUCAUGCAGCCCAUCCCCGAGCACCCCAAGAGGGACUACAUAUUUUGCCUCAGCACCGCGUUCGGGGACGCGUAUCUAUUCCAGGCGCCGUGUCAAGUGGAGCUGGAGAACUGGGUGAACAGCAUUCAUUCAGCAUGCGCUGCCGCGUUCGCGCGUCAUCGCGGCAAGACCGGCACGUUGCACCUGCUGCAGGAGGAGAUCAUCCGUCUGGAGAAGGCGAUCGAAUCGGACCACAAAAUGAAGCACAUGGCGGACCUUCAGCAAUCGGUCGUUUCCGACGUCGACACCAAGCAACAAAUUAACAAUCAAAUCGUGCAGUGGGAAGAAAAUUUAGAACGGUUACACUGCGAGCAAUUCCGCCUGCGGUGUUACAUGGCCAGUUUGCAGAGCGGCGAGCUGCCCAAUCCGAAGAGUCUACUGACGCACGUGUCGCGCGCCACGAAGCAGACGCUGAACAAGCUCGGCGUGUUCACCGUGUCGUCCUUCCACGCGUUCAUCUGCGCGCGUAGUCCAUCUUUAUUGAACAAUCUGCUGGCGGGCCGCGGGGCGACCAAGAGGAGGCCGCCGCUUCUGUCAAGAUCGAACAGCGGCUCGAGCAGACGCUCGCUGCAGAUCUCGUCCAGGGACGAGGAGAAGAGCGUGAAGGUGUCCGUGCCGGAAAAUCAGGUACGAUCGGCACAUCGGCUCGUGUCGGUGUUCCUGCGCGACGCCAUGACCGUGGAGGAGUUCUUGGCGAGCGCGUGCACCAGGAAGAACCUCAACCCGAUGGAGCAUUUUGUGCGCGUGAAGAAGCGCCGAGACAUGGAGGACCACAAUUACUUUGUGCCACAUAGGACUGAUUUGAUAGAAACAUAUUUGCAUACGCACGAAAUCGUGGAAGUCUGUGCCAAGAUUUUAUAUCAAGUGGAAUUGCAAAGACACACUUUAGAGCAGAUGUGGGGCUUCUCCGUCGAGGCGGAGCUCAUAGAAAACUCUGACAGGCAGGACGAGCUCUGCUGCUACGUUAGUAGAGUGGAAGACAAGAGCGUCGCCAUGCAAAACGGAAUCAUUAAGGGCGACGAGAUUAUGGUAAUCAACGGCGCCAUCGUGAGCGACUUGGAUAUGAUGUACUUGGAGAGCGUCCUGCAGGAGGAGGUGGGUCUUUGUAUGAUGAUGCGAUCCUCCAGGACGGAGCCUCCGGAUCUCACGGGCAUUAUGCGAGUCACCGAUGAUAUAAUCGAGAGCUUGGUCUGCCCGCCGCCGCCCUCUGACCCGCCGGUCAUUAGCGAGGAAAUGAUCUCCGGGCUGAUUGUGCCGGCUCCCGGUUGGAGCAAGGAGAACAUUGUGCAAGAAUGCACGUCGGGCGGUCUUAUGGACAACAGCAAGCAGACCUCGCGCACAAACUCCUUCGAGAUCGAGAACCUUCUGAAGACUGCCGAACAAGUGACGGGAAUCUGUCGGUCGCCGGGUGAGACCCGGAAGUCGAGUCCCACCGGGAGCGUCGUCAGCUCCCAUUCACAAGCCCUCACGCCGAGCCGGCAGCUUAGCGACGCUGAGAAGCUGAAGAAAGUGAUUUUAGAACUGAUUGAGACUGAACGGACUUACGUAAAGAAUUUAAAUAAUCUGCUGGAGAACUACUUGGAACCCCUUAAACGCGAGACCUUCCUGUCGAACGCGGAGAUCAACGCGUUGUUUGGUAAUAUUCAGGAGAUCGUCACGUUUCAACGACAGUUCCUGCAGAAUCUCGAUCACGCCAUCGAGAUGGAGGCCGAUUUCAACAGCUUUGACCAUCCGAGUCAAUUUAAGGGAGUCCUGUUUUCCAUUGGAAGUGCCUUCUUAUAUUACGUAAAUCACUUCAAGCUGUACAGCUCGUUUUGCGCCAGUCACUCGAAGGCUCAAAAAGUUUUACAUCCAAACGAGGGAAAUCAAGCUUUACAAGAGUUCCUGCAAGCGAGAAAUCCUCGGCAGCAACACUCGUCGACCUUAGAAUCGUACUUGAUAAAACCUAUACAAAGAAUACUCAAAUAUCCAUUGCUGCUGCAGCAGCUUAGGAAUCUCACCGACGAACGAAGCGAAGAACACCAACACUUAAUUGAGGCGCUCAAGGGCAUGGAGAAGGUAGCGGAACACAUAAACGAGAUGCAGAGAAUCCACGAGGAGUACGGCGCUAUUUUCGACCACCUGUUCAGGCAACAUCAAAAGUCCUGCAAACAGCCGAUCGACUUGAGCCCGGGCGAUCUUUUGUACUACGGCGGUGUCGAGUGGCUCAACAUCUCCGAUUUCCUCGGCAAGAUCAAGAAGGGUCUCGAGCUGCACGCGAUGUGCUUCGUGUUUAAGUCGGCCGUCGUGUUCCUGUGCAAGGAGAGACUGAGGCAGAAGAAGAAACUCAUGGGUGUCUCGACAAAGGCUAACUCCAGCGAGGUGGAGAUCAUCCGUUACCAGGUGCUGAUCCCGGUGACGGAGGUCCAAGUGAGAGCCAGCUCGGCCAAAGACAUGGAGUCCCACUUCUUGUGGGAACUGAUACAUCUGAGAAGUCAAUUACAGAGGAGAUCGGAGAAAGUAUACGUGCUGUCCAACAGCACGACGGAGUUUCGCAACGCGUUCCUCAAGACGAUCCGGCAGAUCAUCCGGGAGUCGGUAAGAAACAUGAGCAUACCUUCGACGAAGCAGAACCUGAGCCAGGCGCCGAUGUCGAUGGCGCCGCGCAUGUCGACCGGGCACGUGGAGAAGUUCGACAAGCAGGUCGGCCAGGGUCAGAACGGGAACGGCGUGGCGAUGCCGACCGGCACUCUUUCGAAGAAGGCGGUGAAGCAGCAGCUGCUGUCCAGCUCGCACAAGCGGAAGUACAGCCAGUCCAAGCAGCCGGUGGAGCACGAGAGCUCGGAGGACAAGGACCAGGAGGAGCCGCCGGUCGUCCAGCAGCAAACGUUUCGCUCCAGGAGCAAAACCAUCAGCGACACUUCCGGCGAGGUAAAAGUCGAAAUGGAUUCGGGGACGAAGUCGGAAGGUGAGGAAGACUCGCAGGCUUUUUUAGGCGAGAAGAAGACGAAUCUCGGCCGCACACCUAAUCAUCUGACGCUGAGCACCACGUCUACUAUCUCGGCGGGGAGCACUGGCAGCCAGGCUAGAUUGAUCCAGUCCUCUCAUCAGCCCGAGAACUAUCAGCCCAUUACCGUCAAGGAACUCGGUUCACCGAUCUGGAAGCCACGAGAGCUACCUUCCCUGGGGGAGGCCACCACGUUGCCGCGCAAGGUUCCGCCACAACAACAACAGCCACCACCACCACCACCACUACCACCACCGCCACCACCACCACCACCACCACCACCACCAACGUCAUCACCAGCACCACAAGUAAACGUCACCGUCGCCGCCACCAUCACCACCACUACCACCACCACCACCACCUCCGCCACCUCCACCACCACUACAACCGCCGGGCGAAACACACAGAGAUAAUUGUCCGAUAAUUACGAUUAUCACGAUGCCGAUACGUGAGACACGCGUCCGCCGCCCACGCGGAAAUUCACGAAGACUGCACUUUCUCCCUCCGCUCUCUUCCUCGUUUCGUCUUCCGGCGGGAACCACCCCGUGCGAGCUUACGCGCACUUGUAUGUGUGUGUGUUGUAUGUGUGUAUAAGUAUGUAUGUGUGUGUGUGUAUUUGUCGAGAGCCAACAACGAGAAGCUCGAUCGGACUUGCACCUCGCUCCGCAAGGUCUCACCGACUUUGAAUAGUUUUCGAUCUGAGGUGUAUAGAAACAUCGACCCUUCCAUCCUGUCUGAGGUUGGUGAAAGGGUCUAAUGUGUAUCUAACGAUGGAAUAAUAACAUUUUACGGCGGAAAGCGUUCGCUUAACGCUGCUGGGGAAGGACGGACGCGAAUUCGCAAAAAAUUCCGACUCGAAUCGCGAUAUAGACGAGACAAUUAUUAUCGAACUUAAAAGCCAGACCAAGCCAGCAAAUUGAAAUGUAAUCAUUAUUCUCUCGUUAGAUAUUUCUUAGACUGUUAGCAAUCCUAAACUGUGCAUGUUAAUGUUCAUAUCUGCUCGGUGUCGAUUCGCGUCGCGGUCUUACUUCAUAAGUGUCUGAUUUUAGAUAUCUUUAUCCUCGUUCUGCUAUACGAACUUCCUGUUCGUAAUGCGAGGAAGGCAGUUACCUUCUUCGGAGGCUAAUAUAUAUUUUAUUCUGACGUUUGUGUGAAGGAAAGAAUGACGUACCUUUUGGAUAGAGAGAUAGAGGAUAUCAUCGGGCUCGUUGAUGAUACUUUUGAUUUCGACAAUCAUAACGAUCCCGAGGAGGCGAUGCAUCGAGCAGAUUCGCUGGCUCUGAAACAGAUAAGUUGAAUAAAUCGUUAGUAAGUGAUCGGUCGCCGAUGAUCGUCGCGUCGUUCGCGAGAAAGUCGUCGGCGGGACGAUGGGGAAUCUCAUUCCCGAGACUCCUCGGUUAGCAAGUAGUGUAACCUCGCUCGUCUCAGACGCAGGUCGUGCGCUUCAUUUCUUCGGUCGUUUAAUUUACUUUCCGCGCGACAAAAGGAAGUACAGUCGGUUGCACCAAUCAAGCCUAUUGAUUAAAUUUGCACUUGCCGCUCGAGAUGGCAAUCUAAUUAUAAGAUAGUUAUUAUUAUCGAACAGUUAUUAUUGCAUAACAGCGUUGCAAAACACUAUCUAACGCGUAAUCUCUCGACUACCGAUGUACAAAUUUUCGCAAGUGCAAAUUUCCCUCCUGUGUUUUUAUCUCUUAUUUUCUCAUAACGUUGAUUAAUUCUCUCUUAACUGAUAUUGUAUCAACAUUGCGCGAAAUUGCAGCUCGGCGUUCUGCUAGGAACACCGACGUAAACGAAUCUUUAAGUUCGAAGGGCGACGCUGAAGAUGAAACAAGGCAAAGUCUGGAAGUAUCGUUUCACGAUUCUCAAUAUUUUUAUACAGGCAAGAAUUAAGGAUAACUGUUUAGAUGUUUUUUUUCUAAAUGCAAUUGUGUGUACUGCAAAACUAUUCUUUCAGAUUGCAUUUUUGGAAGACGAGUUGUAAGCUCAACGCUCCAAGUAGCUGUAAGACGCGCCACGCCGGACUCGCGUUCUGUCUGAUCGUGGCGCGUCUGUAUCUACUAGUUGGGGCGCGAAAAUAAUUUCAUUAGACAUAAAAUUUUUUUCGUUUUUUGUUCUUCAAGAUAUUGGUAUACAGAGAAAAAUAAUUUUGCUCUUUUAGUAAAAUUGUCGUUGCUACUUAUCAUAGUGACAUAUUCGUAGUGACAUC